AGCGAAGAGCUUUUCUUCACUCCAUUCUCUUUUUGGUCAGCACUUCUCUCACCCACUGGCCACUACUAAAGAUUAAGACCAAGCGAAGACCCAUCAGCAGCAGCGACACGCAGAUUUUGCAGAGAAAUUUACAGUAAAAUUGCUAAAUGUCUAGAUGGUAUUUAAUUCUUCACGUCCUUCGAGCUGAUACGUGAUACCCCCCCUCCUCCGACCCCUUUCUUUCCCAUUCUCAAGCCUUGCAGUCACAAACCCUAAAAGAGAAAAAAAAAAAAGCCCUAAAUGUAUAUGCAAUCUCUCACAAACCCUAGCUAGAAGACAUUAGCUCCAGAAGAACAGACAAGCAGAUCGAGCUCCCGUACUGGCUGAUAAUGGAGAAGUUUUCCGUCUUCAGGUACUGUUUCUUCUUCGCUUUCUUCAUGUUCUGCUUCGUGACAAUUGCUGCAACACAGAUCUCCUCUUUUUCACUCAACAAAUUCGAGGCAAACCCUAGCUUUGACUCCAACAUCACUCUCUUCGGCGAUGCGGAGAUCGUUAAUGGCGGUUCUUCCGUUAAUAUUACUCGUUCGACGAUUCUGAGCGCUGGACGUCUUAUGCACAGUCUACCCGUUAAGCUUGUUGAGGGAAACCCUAGAAAGGGAGUGUCUUUCUCUACGUAUUUCUCCUUCUCGAUCUCCCCCGAAAAUGGCGAUGGCUUAGCUUUUGUGCUUCUUCCGAGUGGGUUCCCUUCCAAAUUUAUGGACGGGACCUCGUUUGGCCUCUCGCCGGGGUUGGGCACGAUGGGCACUAGACUUCUCGCUGUUGAAUUCGACACUUCCAUGGACGCCAAGUUUGCCGAUCCCGACGGCAACCAUGUUGGGAUCGACAUCGAUGGCCUCAUCUCUGCCGCGGUGACUAACCUCUCCUCCCUGGGUUUGGUGCUCAACGGUGGUGAGAAAUUGCAUACGUGGAUCGAUUACGAUGCGAGUUCCAAAUACCUGGAAGUCAGGUUGAGCAAAUUAGGCGACAUAAGGCCAUCUAAUGCGUUGAUCUCUUAUCCAAUCGACUUGGCUGAAAUGUGGAAGGACGAAGAGGUGCUUGUGGGUAUAAGCUCUUCCAGUGGAAAUUCUUCUCAGACCACAAGCGUUUAUUCAUGGAACUUCAGGUUAAGACGGGUACCAAGCUGGAUGCAUUCGCAGCCAUUAGAUCCUCGAGCUUACUCCGAGCACAGUAAGCCCCUGACAGUCCGCAAGAAGAAUGAAUGUCUGGUAAGGAUAUUAACUGGGGUUAUAUUCGGGACUGCAUGCGGGGCAUUGACGACAUUGAUUGUGAUGAUAUUGUUGUGGGCUGUCUUCGCCAACAGACGUCCGGUGGCUCCGGUAGAAUAUCCGGUGCACCCGGUGGAAUUGGGAUAUGAGAAGAUCAAAGUAAUUAGAGAAAAAGCCUCCACAGACGAUAAGAAAUAGCUGUUGCCAGUUGCUUAAGGGUACACAGGGGAUUGAAUGUUCUCUCUGUUGUAAAUUAAUCUUCUUUUCUACUUGUAAUUUUUUAAGUGCCUUCUGUGUGGUUAUAUUAAUUUGAUGCAGCUCAUUUAGUAUUCCUUUUUGAAUGAAUCUCCUCCUGAAUACAUUACACAAACUUUUGCA